GCAUGCUCGGUUAGCAGUGCAGAGGUUAAAGCCUCUGAGGUAAGGCAAUACUAUUUAUAAUCAUCAGCAAUGUACUCUACAUAUUUGAAAGUCUGAUUUUGGUCCUUUAAAGGCUGUCUGAGAAAGAGUGGCAACCAAAUUCAGAGAAGCUAAAGUUUUCACUCAUUACUGUGAAGCAGAGGACAUUUCUGAAGCCAAACAGCGUUACUGCAGAAUAAAUAUGCUAAGCAUUGCGGGAAGCCAGAUGAAGCCCUAAAUGAAAACAUUCCCGUUAAUGUUUAACCCCUUUCACUUACACCAGAUCUCCACACAAGCAACAGAAUGAAGAACACCGUCUGGAUUCUACUGAAGGGCAAUGGGACUCUCCAUUUAUUUUUAUGAUGCUGCCGUCUCCUGGCUAAUUUCAUACAAGUAAAUGCAUCCCUUGGGAGCCAUGAAGAAAAACACAUUCUCCUGGGACCUGAUUUCCUAAUGUUUUUCUUUGGCCUAUUCAUCCAACACAGACUGAUGAGCAGUACUGACAGAACAUACAGGCAAAAUGGAUGAACCCUCCACCUAACAUUCAACUCCACUUUCUGGAAUGCUAAGUGGAAAAGAGGCAUCCUUCCAGCAUGAAAUCCAGUGCAUACCAAUAAACUGAACACUUAAUUCAACUACAAUGAGAAGACAGUAUCUGGAAAACAGAAGAUGAACCCACUUGAUGCAACAAAAUCAGGAUUUUUACUCUGCAUUGCUGUCUGCAUGUUCAUCUACACUUUCAUUUACCUGAAGGAUACACUUUCUGAAGGGCCAAAUGAACAAAAAUUUAAUGCAAAUAUAGCAGAGUGUGGGUAUUACCCGGAUGAGCUUUGUUCAGCUCUUUUUGCAGGGAAAACUGCUGCCUUUAAAAUUGGAAACUCUUGUCAGAAUACCUACCAACCUAAAACACUCAGCUGCAUUCAGACUUCAUGCAACUGCUCCGUGGUUUUGAAGACUCUGCAUUUUAUCACAAGACCACUGUCAGAUGAAGAAGGGAAUUUCUCCUUGGCAUACAUUAUUACAAUUCACAAGGAGCUGGAAAUGUUUGUAAAACUGCUAAGAGCUAUUUAUAUGCCUCAGAAUAUUUACUGCAUACAUGUUGAUGAGAAGUCACCACAGGAUUAUAAAGCUGCUGUACAAAACAUCGUCAAUUGUUUUGAAAAUAUUUUUCUUUCCUCAAAAAGAGAAAAUGUUGUUUAUGCAGGAUUUUCAAGAUUACAAGCUGAUAUUAACUGCAUGAGAGAUCUAGUUCAUUCCAAAAUUCACUGGAAUUAUGUUAUUAAUCUAUGUGGGCAAGAUUAUCCCAUUAAAACAAACAAAGACAUUAUACAAUACAUUAAAAGUAAAUGGAAUGGUAAAAAUAUGACUCCUGGGGUAGUCCAACCACUUCAUAUGAAACAUAGGACACAGGUUAGUUACAAGGAGUAUGUACAUUCUGGAAUGUCAUACGUGUAUCCAACAAAGAAUACAAAAGCUAAACCUCCAUAUAAUUUGACUAUAUAUUUUGGUAGUGCUUACUACAUACUCACUAAAGAAUUUGUAGAGUUUACACUGACUGAUGCACGUGCAAAAGAUUUGCUUGAAUGGUCAAGAGACACGUACAGCCCGGAUGAACACUACUGGGUCACACUGAAUCGUUUAAAUGAUGCUCCAGGGGCUACACCACAUGCAGACUGGGAAGGAAACAUACGAGCCAUUAAAUGGAAAGAUCAAGAAGGAACCAUACACAAAGGCUGCAAAGGUCAUUACAUCAGAGACAUUUGUGUCUAUGGACUAGGGGAUUUGCAGUGGAUUAUAGAGUCACCUCAUCUGUUUGCCAACAAAUUUGAGCCUGCAACAUACCCACUUGUUAUGGACUGCCUAGAGAGACGCUACAGGCUUAAAGUACUGCACCAGGCGGAAGUCCCCAUCGAAGAUCACUGGCGUUUUCAGGAAGAGAACUACUUCAACAUGAAGCUGAAUGUUUGAGCUUAACUAACAUCUAAACAAGCGUUCAAAAUACUGACAGAAAUGUUAACAUUCUUAGCCAUAGACUUCACUCUGUGCAUUAUAGCAUAAGUACAAUAUUGUACUACCAGCUUGCCAGUGAAAUAAACAGUUACUUAUUACAGUAAGAUAAACAGCCACAAUUAAUGGGUUAAUGCUCAAAGAAAAUUACAUGCCUGAAUCUAUAAUUUACUAAAGACAAGGGGGACAUUCAUAAUCCUUUAAGUGACACAUUUAACUGGAAAAAUGCAUGUUCCUUGUUUCCUUGGCAAAGAAAGGACUAACCGGUAUGAAAACAGUAAAAUGGAUGCAAGACCGAACAAAGAUAAAAGAAAA